CGUCGUCAUUUUCCCAUGGUCCUUGUCGGGCUCCUUCGGCCGGCCCUCCCCGUCACUUCUACUCUCCCACUCCUCUACCUCUUCGCCGCCGUCCGCCACCGGAGUCUGGGCGCCGCCGCCGGGAUGGCCGGAGUCCCCGCCACCUAUUCCUCAGCCACCGCUCAGAUCGGGGGCUUCCUCUCGAAGAAGCCUUACGCGCCGCCUUCGUGGGCCACGCACCUCUCCCCCAUGCCUUCCCACACCUUCUCGCUCGGCCAUUUCCCAACACCAAUUCACAAGUGGAAUCUCCCCAAUUUGCCGGAAGGUACGGAAGUAUGGAUCAAGCGAGAUGAUUUAUCCGGCAUGCAGUUGAGUGGAAACAAGGUCCGGAAGCUGGAGUUUCUGAUGGCAGAUGCUGUAGCUCAAGGCGCAGACUGCAUUAUCACUGUUGGUGGUAUCCAAAGCAACCAUUGCCGCGCCACAGCAGUGGCUGCUAAGUAUCUCAAUCUUGAUUGCUACCUGAUACUUCGUACCUCCAAGCUUCUUGUGGAUAAAGACCCAGGUUUGGUUGGCAAUCUCCUUGUCGAGAGACUGGUGGGGGCACACAUUGAUCUUGUAUCAAAAGAAGAGUAUGGAAAAAUUGGCAGUGUGGCUUUAGCUGACUUGCUGAAAAAAAGGCUGUUGGAAGAAGGGAGGAAACCAUAUGUGAUUCCUGUCGGUGGUUCAAACUCAUUGGGAACAUGGGGAUAUAUUGAGGUGAUAAGGGAGAUUGAGCAGCAAAUUCAGCAAUCUGCAGAUGCUCACUUUGAUGAUAUUGUUGUUGCAUGUGGCAGUGGUGGAACGAUUGCUGGUCUUGCUUUAGGAUCAAGAUUGAGCAGCUUAAAGGCAAAAGUCCAUGCAUUCUCUGUUUGUGAUGAUCCUGAAUACUUCUAUGACUACGUUCAAGGCCUGAUUGAUGGACUUCAAUCUGGUUUGAACUCACAUGAUAUAGUCAGCAUCGAAAAUGCUAAGGGGUUAGGUUACGCCAUGAACACAGCUGAGGAGCUUAAGUUUGUCAAAGACAUAGCUGCAGCAACAGGCAUUGUCCUUGAUCCAGUCUACAGUGGGAAGGCGGCUUAUGGAUUGCUAAAAGACAUGUCUGGUAAUCCAGCCAAGUGGAAAGGACGAAAAAUUUUGUUCGUCCAUACAGGUGGUCUUCUUGGGUUGUAUGAUAAGGCGGACCAGUUGUCAUCUUUGGCUGGGAGCUGGCGCAGAAUGAAUCUUGAAGAUUCCAUUUCACGCAAAGAUGGCACUGGUAAGAUGUUCUGAUCGACAUGGUCCAAAAGCUUCCAUGGUUCAGUCUUCUGGAGAUUGUGUUCAUCAUAGAGCAUGUACUCUUACAUUUGUGCAAGAAGAUGCAUAAUAGAUGAUUCGCAUGGUGCAGAUCAUUGUCGUGAUUUAAGAAUAAAGCAAAUCUUUCUGCUAUUUGGAAAUAAAUAUUUCAAUAUUGAUGUUUGGGCAUCUUUUCUGUCUUAA